UGUUGCGAUACUUUUAAAUGGAGCGAAUUGUACUUCGCUAUGAGUUUUCAGAUUUCGUCUGUCUUUGUUUUCUGUAAUUCACUAACUAUAAAGGACGGAUCCCCUUGCUCGUCAUAAUGAAAGCGAUGCGCGACUCGCUGGCUGGCGUGCGAUAUGGCAGUAGCUAUAUCUUCAUAUCAACUCUGGUGCUUGGAGAAUUCAACCAUACUUCGUGAUAUCCACUAUGACGUCUAGAUGAGCGCAGAUCGUACAGGGGAAUGCUUAUCACGCCUGCAGAGUUGAAAGAGUUCUGUUCUUGCAGUCAUUGAACACGUACUAGAUAUAUGUAAAUUCCACAUUUCUUUAUUUGAAUCUCCCCCUCUACCGAAAAUGGUCCAAUCCGUACUCCAGCUCAAGUGCAGCUGCAACAAUUAUCCUUGGGGAAAGCAAGGCUGGGAUUCAAUUGCGGCGACACUUUGUUCGCAAACGCCAGGAACAGACUUUAAAGUUGACGUCAACAAAACCUAUUCUGAGAUGUGGAUGGGGACAUAUCCUAACUUGCCUUCUUAUGUUCUGGAGUCGGGGGAGAGUCUCCAAGAUGUUAUCAACGCUUAUCCAGACCAGCUGUUAGGCAACGCUGUGUUCCAGAAAUUUGGUCUGAAUCUCCCGUUCCUCCCCAAAAUUUUGUCCAUAGCGAAGGCUCUGCCUUUACAACUCCAUCCUAAUAGAACACUUGCUUCAGAACUCCACCGCCGGAGCCCAGAGCAGUUCACAGAUCCCAACCACAAGCCCGAGAUAGCCAUAGCGCUUGGGACAUUUGAGGCCUUCGUAGGCUGGAAGCCGCUUGAGGACGUUGACGAAUUGUUGCAGCUAGAGCCUCUUAAGCAGUUUAUGCCGCCAGCAAGAAAGCCAGCGUUCGAUGACCAGAUGCUCAAGGGCGUUUGCGAAUUGAUGUUAAAGGCAGACGAAGAAACUGUUGCAAGAGUAGGACAGAGAUUGCAAGAGCUGCCGAAGGCCAUGUUCAAGGAGAAGCACAGGUACAUUCAAGAGAUGAUACCCAGGUUGUGGUCACAGUAUGACAAAACGGAUAACGGCAUUCUCGUCUCCGUCAUACUGAUGAACUACAUGAAAUUGUCUGCCGGAGAAGGUAUUUACAUCCCUGCUGACAGUAUCCAUGCUUACUUGUCCGGCGACAUCAUCGAAUGCAUGGCCAGCUCGAACAACGUACUCAGUACAGGGUUUUGCCCUCGCGCCGAUAGAGACAACAUCGACACCUUUCUUGAAACACUGAGCUUUAUCACGCAUAGCGUCGACGAAGCAAGGCUGGAACCUCAAAUAUUCAAAAGGUCCAGAAGUGGCAAGACCAAAGUAUAUGAACCGACAAUCAGCGAGUUUAGUUUGUUGGCCACGGAGCUUAGCAGUGAAGAGAGCGACUUCAUCGAAAAAUUAGACGGCCCGAGUAUAAUGAUUGUCACAAGAGGGCGUGGUAUCAUGAAAACCGGAGAGUAUGACUACGAGCUAAAGGAAGGAUUUGUUUUCUGUAUAGGAGCAGGAGUCGCAACCGAGUAUAUUGCAGUAAGCGACUUGCAAUUGUUCAGAGCGUACACAGAAUAACUUGAGCAACGCAUCUGGAGUCAAAUGUCAAAAAGUUUCCGAGAGAUGAGAUACAAUGCUCUAUUUUCCCUCAAAAACGCAAGUAAAACCGACUAGAAACUAGCAUCUGAGAUGCUACCAAUUCGUUCGGAUUUUUUCCCUGUCAGAGUGUCCAUGCGUACCCACAGC